CUAACUAAUAAACAAACUCAUCGCUGGAUGGUUUCACCUUUGUAAAAAGCAAGUCUUGAAGAGAACAGCUGUGAAAAUAACAUUCAUUGAUGACUUUGGCAAGCUGUGACCAAAAGCAAAGAGGCCGUCUACAAACUCCACUGCGCAAGAAAGACGUGGGAAGCCAGUGUCCAUCAGACCAACAUCCAUUUCAUCCAUAUCUGCAGGCCAUCUCUGGCUUAGAUUUACUGAUAUUCGAAAAUCAAAUUUGGAAAAGCAGCUUUUUGUUUUAUUGUUAGUAUUUUUCAUCCUCAUCAUCUGCCUUCAAGAAUGGAUGCUAGCCAUGUUAACAAGCUUCGCUUCCUCACCUGGAAUGUUAAUGGCCUCGACACUGCUUUGCGUCCAAACCGAAGCCAGGACCCUUGCAGGCAGAAAGACUUGCGUGAGGAAAUGAACAAAGCAGAUGUUGUUUUCUUUCAGGAGACACACAUUAAAACAGGCCAAGAAAGCGUUAAGGAAAACUUUCCAGGGUGGUACACGUAUUAUACUGAGUCUGAGCAAGCUCAAAAGGGGGUAGCUAUAUUUAUUAAGGGAAGUGUCAGGUUUGAAUGCAAUGAGAAAGCAAUUUGUAGGUAUAAAGAUCUUUUGAUAGUUCUUCCGUGUAGGUUAAAUGGCCAGCUGUAUACGCUGGCGUGUGUGUAUCAACCUCCAGGCCGCAUUGACAGAAAUGAAGAUCAAGACUACGUUCUCAGACGGCUCUCAGAGUAUCUGCAGAGUAAUACUAUCGGAUUGUUGGUGAUUGGAGGUGACUUCAAUACUGUAUUCAGUCCCUUUGUUGACAAAAAAGAGCCAACAGUAAAUCAGGGUCACUCUGAUUUGCUGAAGGAGCUCAAGCUCUUCAUGCAGUCUCUUCAGCUGGUGGAUGUCUGGAGAUGGAAAUAUAAUUUUAAGCGCUUUUACACUUUCUACAGGAGGGAAAGUAAUUCAAGGCUUGACUACUUCUUUGUACCAGGCGAAUGUCUGUGGCGUGUAGAGAAAUGUGAAAUUGAGGAUGUUCGCUCUAAUGACCAUCUUCCUGUGAGCCUCCACUUGAACAAUGCUGCUGUACACUCCAUGUAUAAUCCAAUACCAACAAACAUCAUGAAAUAUUUCAUAUCUAUCCAGGGACCUCUGUAUUUCAAAACUGAGGACAUUACAAUGGCCAUCAAGUCUCUUCAAGUCUCAGAAACACCAAGACAUGAUCGAAUCUCUGCAUCUGUGUACAAGAGUGUCCCUACUGACCCUACAAAACUGCAAUAUCUGCAGGUUUUGUACAGCAGAAUUCUGGAUGGAUCAAUUGAUGCAGCACACUAUUAUUUCAAUGUUUCCAUUGCAUGGAAUGGCUUUCAUUUUUUCAACGUUGACUAUGUAAUCUUGGCAGCUCUCCUUGCCAAGUACUUGGAUGAAGUGCUAGAAUCCCAGUCAAGGAGUCACCAGAAGCCAAACCAGAAAACACACGUAUCAAUGAUUUACUUCUUCCACAAAGUUCCAGAAUCUGUCGAGAGGCAUGUUCUUGAAAGGGCUUUAACUAAUGUUGCUUCUUGGGCAGGAUUUCCUCAGGCCUUGUGCAGAAUUAUUCAGAUGGAUGGCAGAUCAAAAGCACGCUUGUGUCAGGGCUGCCCUCUGACUCCAUACCUCCACACGUUCCUACUGAAGUAUGCUGUUCAGCAACAUGUGGAUGCACUGAUGCCCAGUGACAUCAGAAUUCACGUGUACCCGUACUUUGUCAAUGUGAUCGAACCCAGAGGUAGUGCUUUGGCAAAACCAAAUGAAUUCAUCAUAGAUGGGUUGCAUGUCCGAAUCAACUUCGCAACAUCUUUAGAGCAUGUAUUUUAAAAACCCUAAUCUGGAAACGGAACCCCCAGAUCUGGAAGAGCACCUUUUCCGCCAUCUUGGAUUCAGCUUAAAUCAAUUGAAAUGAUCUGCCUUAUCUAACUAAUCAGUGCAAACUUAUAUCACCCAUUAUAAGUCAUCUUUAGAACAUCCCCUUUCCUUCAAAGACUGACUGAUUUACAGUUUUGCGUUUGGACACCACAUUGGAAUGUUCCAAGUAAGAGAUGCUCACAAUAAAUGCAUUUCAUCAAACAUCUGUAUAGAUGCUUCACAGGACAUUCACAGCAUCCUGUUGCAUGUCAUAUUCAUAUAAUCGUGUAUCAUAUAUUGUGUUUUUUCUGUGAUUAUCUUUUUGUAUGGCUGUUGUGCAUUCCUGGAUUCUUUUGGAAAAAAUGCUAAAUAUAUAAUGUCAACAACAAUUUGUAUCAAAGGAACAAACCAUAUAAAAAGAUCACCUCAAUGUUUUUUUUUACUUAUGUUGUUUUGUAAAUACAUUGAUUUUUGGGAUUUGGGAUUUUUGGCUGAUCCUGUUCUGAACUUUAUCGUCUAUUAUGGAAAAUGUAAACUAUGUGUUCUGAUAGAAAGUCCUAGAGCAGGGGUGUCCAAACUACGGCCCGUGGGCCAUUUGCGUCCCGCUUCCUUUUUUGGAGCGGCCCGCGAGGUAUUUUAGAAAUAGAAUGAAAGUUGGCCCGCUGUUAAGCAGGUUUUUAUAAUGUGAGAUUCAAAGUUUAAAUGCUAGGGGUCAGAAACGGGCCAAAGAGUGUAAAAGCAGCGAGAGUGAAGUUUAAGCGCACAAAAACGGGCAAAAGAGUCUAAAAGCGGAGAGAGUGCGCAGUUGUAAAGCAGAAAACAGGCAAAUGAAUCUAAAAGCGGAGUCGGUGCACAGUUUUAGCGCAGAAAAAUGGGCCAAAAAGUCUAAAAGCGGAGAGGCUGCACAGUUUUAGCGCAGAAAAAACGUGCCAAAGAGUCUAAAAGCUGAGAGAGUGCGCAGUUUUAGCGCAGAAAAAACGGGCCAAAGAGUCUUAAAGUGGAGAGGGUGCGCAGUUCUAGCGCAGAAAAAUGGGCCAAAGAGUCUAAAAGCUGAGAGAGUGCGCAGUUGUGGCGCAGGAAAAACUGGCCAAAGAGUCUAAAAGCAGAGAGGGUGCGCAGUUUUAGCGCAGAAAAAAUGGACCAAAGAGUCUAAAAGCUGAGAGAGUGCGCAGUUGUGGCGCAGGAAAAACUGGCCAAAGAGUCUAAAAGCAGAGAGGGUGCGCAAUUUUAGCACAGAAAAAUGGGCCAAAGAGUCUAAAAGCGGAGAGGCUGCACAGUUUUAGCGCAGAAAAACGUGCCAUAGAGUCUAAAAGCUGAGAGAGUGCGCAGUUGUAGCGCAGAAAAACUGGCCAAAGAGUCUAAAAACAAAGAGGGUGCGCAGUUGUAGCGCAGAAAAAACGGGCCAAAGAGUCUAAAAGAGGAGAGAGUGUGCAGUUCUUGCGCAGAAAAAUGGGCCAAAGAGUCUAAAAGCGGAGAGGGUGCGCAGUUUUCGCGCAGAAAAACGUGCCAUAGAGUCUAAAAGCUGAGAGGGUGCGCAGUUUUAGCGCAGAAAAACGGGCCAAAGAGUCUUAAAGCAGUGAGGGUGAAGUUGUAGCGCAGAAAAAUGGGCCAAAGAGUCUAAAAGUUGCCGUAAUUAAGGAGUUUAAUAUUAAGAGACAUCAUGAAAUGAAACAUCAAUUUGAAAAAUCUAAGUUUACACAACUCAGUCAAAGAUAGAUAAAGAUAGUAAGUCAAGUAAAAUGGUGUGUAAAUGAAAGUAAUCAGGAAAAUGUAUUAUUUAAAGUGGUAUAUUUCAUUUUUUGUUUUAUUAUAGAGUCUGUGGCCCGUGACUUCAAAUAUAUUUCUCCUUCUGUCCCCCAACAAAAAAAGUUUGGACACCCCUGUCCUAGAGUGUUGAAUGACAGUAAAUGUGUUGAGUAGGAUUACCAUAUUAGGGAAGCUUAUGAUAUAUUUCGAAAUUUCAUGAUUCAUGUUUGUAACCAUGAAAGGAUGCUGGGGAGGGGGAGCUAUAAGAAUCUGCUGCUGUGCUCACAGAGCUCAGAGUUGCUUAGGCAGAGAGAUUUGCUUAACAUCUGUGUACCUAACUCUCAAUAAAGCCUGUUACUCACUUCGA